AUGAAUUUGGAAUCAUUAGCAAACGAAAUUUUACUUGAUUUAUUAGAAUAUCUGGAUGCUGUCAAUCUAUUUCGUGCAUUCCAUGGCCUCAACAAUCGCUUUGAUCAACUUAUCUUCAUCAAACUUCAAAGAUAUUAUCUUGAUUUUCGUUCGAUAUCUCUGCGUGAUUUCGAUAUUUUUCAUCAAGAAUAUCUUCCACUGAUUAAUGAUCGUGUAAUUGCCUUUCAUCUCUCAGAUGAUGUUGAAACACCAAAUAUGUCUCAAUAUUUUCUUUCACACAAUUAUAUUAUCAAACAAUUCAUUCAUUUGAAGUUGUUUGCCAUUGACUAUAUUUACUCUUUCGAUGUAUUAAAUAAACUAAUAUUGCAAUGCCGUGAACUUUCAUAUCUUACGCAUUUGAAUAUCAGUAUAAAUACCUAUCAGAGUCCAGCUGAAAAUUUUCACGAUUUCAUAAACAAUAUAUGGAGUCUACCGAAACUUACACAUUGUCAUCUUGAUAUCAUACAUCCGUAUGCAAUACAACUCAUUCAAAUGUCAGUGAUCUCGCAAUCCAUGAACUAUUUGUCUAUUAAGAAUAUCAAUUAUGAUUUACAUAGCUUGUCUCAUCUAUUACAACACACGACUCGUCUUCAACGACUUCAUAUGCAUGGCAUAAGUCAAUAUAAUGAUUAUCAAUCACAAACUAUCUUUUCAUCUAUAAUAUCAUUGAAGACGUCUUUUCAAGGUUCUGUACAAUCGAUGAAGAAUCUUUUCCAAAUAAUGCCCAAUUUAAAAUACUUCACAUUAGAAACAAAUACUAUUUGUUUAGAUGGAUAUGCAUGGGAAAAAGUCUUUGUCACUUAUUUACCAAAUAUAAAAAUAUUUCGAUUGAAAAUGCGCGUUGAGUUUCCUUCAUUAAGUGACGUCGAACAACAGAUUGAUGAAAUAUUUCAUUCAUUUCAAACUGAAUUCUGGAUUGAGAAACAUCAAUGGUAUGUUCAAUGUGAUUGGUGUCCAAUGGACAUAUAUAAGAUUGGUAUUCUUUAUACUUUGCCAUAUGCUUUUGACACAUUUUAUUUCACACAUGGUAGUCGAUCAAAAUCAACAAGUCCUAAUGAUUGCCAUGACUCAGCUUAUAAUCAAGUGCAAAUACUUGAACAUAUUCAUCGUAGACAAAAUCUUAGUGAAAAUUUUCCACUGUUCACUUUUCGAUUUGUUAACAUUCGUCAUCUCUCAAUCGUAUUUCCAUUCAACAACGAUUUUUGGUCCGCUAUUCCAACAUUGAAUCAAUUGAUGUCACUGAAUGCAGUUUUAAAUCAAGAUUUUGGUUAUCCUCAAUUACAAGCAUUGCUUAAUAUAGCUCCUCGUCUCUAUUCAUUGAGUUUUAGCCAUUCGAAUAACUUCUCAAUGACAUCAUUCAACAUCAGUAGUACAUCGAUCCGUCGACUUGAAUUAUUUCAAAAUUUUAACUGCGGCUUAAGAUAUUUUAAGAAUGCAGAAUGUUCGAUGUUAACUCGUACAUAUAUUGCAUUCCAAUGUGAAGUUCUUCUUGUUGAUGUUGAAAGCCGAACAAAUGUUUUUAACUUUAUUAACAGCAUGCCAAAUCUUCGAGCAUUGAUCGUCCGCUGUAAUGAUGAGGGAAACAGCCGCUACGCUUCAUUAGAAACAAAUGAUGAACUAAUUGUAUGGUUUCAAGAUCAGUUAUCAUCUAAAUUUAUGUAUUCAAUCAUUCGCAAUGCGAACGAUAGAUCCCAAUUAAUUAUUUCAAUUUAUAGACAGAAAGAUCGUCGUGUGUGA